AUGAAGCUGAACAUUUCAGGGUCACACAGUAUCUUUGCGUCGUCUUAUCUCUCCAGCCUCGUCUCUCAUUUCUUGUCUGUUUGUGAUCUGUACUUUGAAUUAUUCUCAGCAUGCAUUGCAAGUAGCAAAAAACCCUGGAUUAAUUUAUAUCUACAUUGGAGAGCAAGAGUUAAUUCCAUUCCCGUUCCUUGUCAUCCUCACCACAACUAUCACCCUCACAAUCCCCCCCCUUUCUCAUCAACCCCAAUCCCAUCCAACCCACUCCACCCCAUCACCAUGCCCCUCUCACCCCCAACCGUGGGCGCCCCUCCCUCCUUCAGCGGCUCCCCAAACUGCUUCAACGACUGUCCCGUAUGCUACUCCAUUACGGAAACCAACAUCCAGCGCAUGCGCACCGGCGAGGAAAUCGUGCUCGGCACUUUGCAGCAAUUCCUUGCCUUUGCGGUCGCGAGCACGGAUGAGGAUGGCCAGGUGCAAGGCGCUUGUGCGCUUUGUUGGAGGAUUGUGGGGCAAAUUGCUUUUGUGGAGGGGGAUGGGAUUUAUCUAAACGAGGCGACUAUUUCGAUGCUUUUCGACGAAGGAAAGGUCAAGAAAGGGAGCAGAUAUCUGACGCACCUGUCUUUUAAAGUCUCGAACCCGGAAAGAGACAUGUGGAAAGACCCAGCGUUUCGGGAGAAGCAUCUUAGGGAGAAUCCAGAGCAGUGCAAGGGUGUGACGAGUUGGAAACAGGCGAGGAGCUAUACUUAUCAUAUGGCUUUCUAUACUAAUGGUGGACCGACGGAGCACUAUGUCCAGCAACGGAUGGCUAGCCCACAGGUAGCCACCCAAGAAGCCUUCAUCUCAGCACGAACCUGGCUCAGAGAAUGUCAACAAAAGCACUCAUCAUGCCCCAGCGCUACGACAAGUGUCCUUCCCACCCGGGUCCUAGAUCUCACCAACCUCAGCGACCUGAUCGACAUAAUCCGGCUCAAGGAGACAAACCAAGCAGAGAAAGGGCAAUACAUCGCGCUAAGCUACUGCUGGGGCCCUAAAGGCCAAUCUAUCAUGCUCAAGGAAUCAACACUUCGAGAGUUCAAGAUUGGCAUUGUGGUUAGGAAUUUGCCACGAACAUUGCAAGACGCUAUCAUCGUCACGCGCAAAUUGGGGAUCAGAUAUCUCUGGAUCGAUGCCCUUUGCAUAAUCCAAGAUUCGGACUCUGAUAAGGCGCACGAACUCACACAGAUGCCUUUUAUCUACAAGAACGCGAUGCUGACCAUCUCUGCGGCUAUUGCUGAGGAUUGUGAGAAGGGGUUCUUGCAGGAUAGAGAACAAGUUGAGAAGAUAAUCAAGCAGAGCUUUUGCAUGCCACUGGUCUGGGACAUCAAAGAGCCGGAUGGUGAGUUAGCGAGUGAGAUUUGGCUGUGUCCGGAUGAGGAUCGGGCAUUCAAGAUCAAAGAAUUCGAUGAGGAAGUCAUUGAGGGGAGGGGUUGGACAUUCCAAGAAGCUUGGCUGGCACCUCGACUUCUCAUCUACGGAUCCGGCCAAGUUACCUGGCGCUGUUUGAGCUGCGCCCAUACCCACGGCUUCAAAGAAGAUGCUUCGGAAAGGAGAACUUACGAUCUCCAAGGCCGCUCAGUCAUGCCACAAUACCAAGACCGCCAGCAAUUCUUCCUGGACCCAGUUCAAGCCCUCACAUCCUCGCUCCACCAAACCAACCUGAACAUCCCAGAAAACGCCAAUUAUCCACUCUGGCUCGAAAAUUGGUUCAUCAUUGCCUCGCACUACAGUCACCGACAAGUCUCGUUCAAAACAGACAGAUUACCCGCUCUCUCAGCCAUCGCAUCAGAAUUCUAUCGCCUGCAUUUCGACCAAUACCUCGCUGGUCUAUGGAGGAAAAGCCUUCCUUGGGCAUUACUAUGGUACUGCACGCCCGAUAAACCAACAUCUGGUCCCAUCAACGUGAUGAGAAACACUACAGCUGGAGAAGCUGAACAGAGUCGCAAGAACAACCAACGCCAUCUCGACCACCUCUCCAUGCCGCAGAUCUAUGAUCUAGGAACUAAAUACACGAGGUUCACUACCAUGGAACAGUUCCAGAAACGGCCACCGAAACAGGUUCAGCCGCAGGCGAAGUCAAGUGGAAAUUUAAAGACCGAAGAUCCGUAUAUUGCGCCAACAUGGUCUUUCAUCUCCGUCGAUUCAGUCAUAUCCUUCGCUUCACACGAAUGGGACGGGCCGCACCAUAGCCUCAUAAAAAUCCACUCCGCGUCCACAACGCCCAAAUACGCAAACGUGCCCUACGGCCAAGUCCUCAAUGGAUCCAUCACACUCACCGGCCCAAUCCAGCAAUUCUCUGCAGAUGAAGUCCUGGCUUUCUUUGUUGUCACGGAUAACAAGGAAUGGCCGCACCUGUUCUGGGAUUAUAUCGUAAUGGAUGAAUCGAAGGUUGGGAGGGAGGUGCUGGGCAUGUAUAUGGAGAAACAGGGUAAAGAUGAGGUUGUAAAGGCGAUUAAUCCGCAAUUGGGUGUCAAGGAAAGGGUUACGAGGAGGAUGCUUGGGGAUGGAGAAAUUCUUCCCAGGCCUGAUGAGAAGAAUACUAGGCCUCAUCCGAAGGAGGGGAGGUUUCCUCCGAAUGUUGAGAGGAUGUCUGAUGGUCGGAAUAAGAGCUUCAGGGAUUUGUAUUUCCUUGAGGUUACGUGGACGGAGACGCCGAGGGGGUUGGUACUCGUUAGGAAAGAAGCUGGUAGGGAUGGCACGGAAGUGUUUGAAAGAGUGGGGUUCUUCCAGUUGGGCAGGGAGGGAUUUGGAAAGACGGAUUGGAGGAUGAGGGGAAAUGAAGAUGUGGGGGUUAGGGAGUGGGAGUGGUAUUCUGGGUUGAGGAUGUGCACUUUAAAGAUUGUUUGA